GGAAAGGGGCUGCAUUUUUGCAGCUACAUUACCACUAGCAAUCGAAAUUACGUGUUGAAUCAUGUCUCCUAUCAUCGCCUGCGCUGUGCUGUUGACGGGCGCGUCGUCGCUGCGCGUGGCGCCGACCAUGGUGCUCCAGCCGCGCCGGGACCUGCUGGCGGGCGGCGCCGCUGCCGCCGCGUCGAGCUUACUCGUGCCCGAAGCCAUCGCGAAGAAGCCGCUCUGCCUCCCGGGCACGAAUUCCGCCAAGGCGCUGGGAGGCCCGGGCUACACGAUCGGCAUCCUCGCGCGCGGCCCGUGUCGCAUCGGUCGCCGACUUACUCACGGUUCGAUCCACGCAGGAGCACGAUACUCCGAGCUUCAAGGCGUGGCACAAGGUCAUCGAGGGCAUCGGGAGCGACCUGCUGUCCGUCUACCCGCCGGAGUGCAAGGUCGUCGACGAGUUCUUCAUCAAGACGACGGCGGGCAAGCCCAACGGCCAGGACGCGGUGCUCGCCGGGCUCGUGCCGCCGCCGCGUCGAAGUCGACGGCGCCUCGCCUCGACGCUUUCGACGCGACGCUGAGGUUCUGUUCACUCCAGGUCUUCGAGACGAGCGGCCUCAAGGCCGUGAAGAAGUUCCUCGGCGAGGGCAAGUCGCCCAUCUUCGAGCAGGGCCGCAGGGACGGCUGGCUCACGGGAAAGUGGCGCGAGAACUACUUCGCCUGCGCCGACUUCCGGGGCCCGACGCCCGGCCCGCCGCCCCAGUUCCAAAAAGGGUGGGGCAUCUGCUUCGGCGCGCACGGCCUCGGCGUGCCCUACAAGGAUUGGCUGAAGGUCUUCGGCUCGCCCGAGGUCGAUGCGUUACAUGAAUCCUUGAACAUCCAGUACAGCGUCUGCGGGCCGAUCAACGGCAAGGUGUCCACCGACCUCAGCGGGGGCGGCGUCGGCGUGCUCCACGUCACGAAAUCAUUCAAAGACACGGCGCGCUUCGACGCCGCGCGUGCCCGUGUCCCGUACAUACGCCAUCGACGCGACCGUUAAACCGCGCAGGCCUUCAACGAGAUCAAGCCCAAGAUCAGCCGAGCCGCUUCGUCUACGGCGAGGUCAUGAACACCUCCGACGACUUCAUCAAGGCCGGGUCCGUCGUCGACCUCAAGGCCUGAGUAUCAUUCCCCACGCUUCACUCCUUCCGAUCGAUGAUCCGAGGUCCUAACCUUAUUCAUUCUACUAC